CUUGUCAGUUUUGCAUUUACAAAACACAGUAGCUGUUGCCAAGUCGCUGCUGAAGUUUCAUCGCCCGAAAGUGGUCCUCAGUCCCUUAGUUCUUCAAGAGCUUCCGACCCCGAAACUUGCCUUUUUCGUGGCUCACAUUCCGUUGAAGUAAUCCAAGCAUGAAGGGUCCAUGUGUUCGAGUGUUUGUGACUCUGGCUUCGGCGAGUGCCUUCCUCUUGCCGCUCCUCACGCCCACCGCCCACGCCCAAGACUCUUCUCCUUCUGGGAAAUGGGCCGAUUUUUUUAAGACGAAAAAUGACAUCAAUGUCGAGAUGUUAACCAAUGUAGUAACGACCAAGACGGGAAACGCAGUGAGCAGCAGACAGGGCUGUAAGGAAUCGAUCGACUUAAACGCAGGGGAAACUUAUGUAAUUUAUUCAGAAAAUGACGGAACCAAACUUAAGUGCACGUAUUCAGUUAAGGGUCCAUCUGGAAAAGUCUUGGGCAUCGUGUGUCCCCAGUUUAACUUGAACUCUGCAGGCUGUAAGGCAGAGAAAUUCAUCCUGAAGAUAAGUGGGGCCAAACCGCUCACCUUCUGCGAGACGGAAGCGCCCAACGGCAAGGUGCCCGGGAACAGCCUGACCAUCAACUACAAGAGGAAAGCGCUGAGUUCGAACCAGUGCUCCGGUGGCUUCGUGUGCUUCAUCCUAGUAUUAGAUGGCCUUUUUAUGCCUUUUGCUCUACGGAAGCGAAACCUGGCGCUACCAGUUUUGGAGUCUCGUCUUUAUGCCUUUUGUAACAAGUCCUUUGCCGGAUCAGGGGUACAUUGGGAGGAAAAAUGUGUCCAACCCGGGGGCUACACCCUGAGACAGGCAGGGACCUGUUACUGCAUAAUCCGGGGUCGCUAA